ACAGACCACAUAAUGUCGAACUUGCACUGGAUAUUAAAAAAGGACUGCAUCCUAAAAUUGCAGAAGAUACACCUCAAUGUUUUGUCGAGUUAAUAAAGCGUUGUCUUGAUGUCGAUCCACGCAGACGACCAUCAGCGGAAGACUUAAUGAACAAAAUUUUUGGAUGGGAAUUUGAAUACCUUUAUAAUUAUGAUGAUGUGGAAAGUGAUAUAUAUCAACAAUUCAGUAAAGCAAAUCAAUCAGUUCUCAAUGUAGAAAGAAAACCUAUAACGGAAUUACAUCCAGAGGCAAUUUACACAAGUAGACCAUCGAAUGAUAUCAUUGAAGCUAUCAAUUCGCAUUUAAAUUCCGGCCUUGAAAUUUCCGAUUAA